UGUUCACGUGAAUAAUGUUAUUUGGUCGGAUGGAUAUGUCUCAGCAUCCUCGUAAAGUAGUUCCUCUGAACGAGGAACUAAAGGGAGAUCACCUUGAGCCGCUUGGUCUCACUCUGUCAGCAGCCGCUGUAGUCUUCGCAUCACGACACUUAGACAAGGACUUCACUUGCUCCAAGAAACAUGCCCGGGUCAAAGUCUUCAGACAUGGGCUCUGCCUUCAUCCAGACCCAGCAGCUCAAUGCUGCCAUGGCUGACACCUUCUUGGAACAUAUGUGCCUACUUGACAUUGACUCUGAACCCACCACUGCACGCAACACAGGGAUCAUCUGCACCAUUGGACCAGCCUCUCGCUCUGUGGAAAUGCUGAAAGAGAUGAUCAAGUCUGGAAUGAACAUAGCUCGCAUGAACUUUUCCCAUGGUUCACAUGAAUACCACGCAGAGACCAUCAAGAACGUGCGUGAAGCCUGUGAGAGCUUCAUACCUGGAAGUAUCCAGUACAGACCCAUUGGAAUUGCUCUGGACACCAAGGGCCCUGAGAUCAGGACUGGUCUCAUCAAAGGAAGCGGCACUGCUGAAGUGGAGCUGAAGAAGGGUAACACAAUCAAGAUCACGUUAGAUGAUGCUUACCAGGAGAACUGCGGUGAAGAAAUCCUUUGGCUCGACUACAAGAACAUUACCAAAGUGGUGGAAAUUGGCAGCAAAAUCUACAUCGAUGAUGGACUUAUUUCCCUCCAAGUUAUGGAAAUUGGGUCUGAUUUCAUCAUGUGUGAGAUUGAAAAUGGUGGCACCUUGGGCAGUAAGAAGGGCGUGAAUCUUCCUGGUGCUGCUGUGGACCUGCCGGCCGUGUCAGAAAAAGACAUCAAAGACCUGCAGUUUGGUGUGGAGCAGGGUGUCGACAUGGUCUUCGCCUCCUUCAUUCGUAAAGCUGCAGAUGUGCAUGCUGUCCGACAGGUGCUGGGAGAGCGAGGCAAAAAUAUCAAGAUCAUUAGCAAGCUGGAGAACCAUGAAGGUGUUCGCAGGUUUGAUGAAAUCAUGGAGGCUAGCGAUGGCAUCAUGGUUGCUCGUGGUGACCUAGGCAUUGAGAUCCCCACUGAAAAGGUUUUCCUAGCUCAGAAGAUGAUGAUCGGUCGCUGCAACAGAGCUGGCAAGCCAAUAACAUGUGCCACUCAGAUGUUGGAGAGCAUGAUCAAGAAACCCAGACCCACCCGUGCUGAGGGCAGUGACGUGGCGAACGCCGUCUUGGAUGGAGCUGACUGCAUUAUGCUGAGUGGAGAGACGGCUAAGGGAGACUACCCUCUGGAGGCGGUGCGCACACAGCACAUGAUAGCACGAGAGGCCGAAGCAGCCACCUUCCACAGUCAGCUGUUCGAGGAGCUGCGGAGGCACACCCAGCUGACCAGAGACCCUUCAGAGGCGGUCGCAGUCGGGGCCGUGGAGUCGUCCUACAAGUGCUGCGCUAGUGCCAUCAUUACUCUCACCAAGACUGGGAGGUCCGCCCAUCUCAUCUCCAGAUACAGACCUCGUGCUCCCAUUCUUGCUGUGACACGUAACGCGCAGACGGCUCGCCAGGCCCACCUGUACCGUGGAAUCUUCCCCGUCCUCUACACCAAGCCUGCACAUGACGUGUGGGCGGAGGAUGUCGACAUGCGUGUCAACUUUGCCAUGGAAAUGGGCAAAGCCAGAGGCUUCUUCAAAGAGGGGGAUGUUGUCAUCGUCCUAACCGGCUGGCGUCCUGGCUCUGGUUACACCAACACCAUGCGUGUGAUCCUGGUGCCCUGAACCGAUAACACGACUACCCAGCUUUCUCCCUUCACCUUCAUCUAUCUUUCAUAACCCUCCUCCUCCUCCUCCUCCUCCCACACCUCACUCGUGCAUUCCUCCUUUCUCAUGUGACACCCGAGUGGACAGACCCAACUGUUAGACACGAUGCAAAGAAAUGAUAAGACCAUGGCCUCGCUGGCCCGACUUGUGUUAGGUGGGAGUGGAGUUUUGUUCCUUAACUAAAAUUGUUUCUCUCAGUCGAUGUGGCCUCAGAUAAAAACGACCUCCAGAAACUGCUGCACUCUUUCCCUUCUAAGUGGAUGCAUUCCUCGUCUGCGUGCAUGAGCAUUCUGAGCUUUUGUUUGGGUGGUGGGGGGCGGAGCCAGCUGACCAUAGCGGGUCACCUCGAGUGCAAUGACCGCUGAUUGAAUUCACUCCUCUUCCUAUGUAAAGCAAAAAGACUUGAUUCUGAAAUGAAAGCGCUUGGCGAGCUCACCACACCAUCCAAUCAGACGCUUCGUUGUGCCGUCUGUGUGUUCCUUAAUGCCAGCUUUGACUGUGUCACUGAUAAUGUUGCACUCCUGAUUAGCUACAGACACUGUUACAUUCAUUUUUACUUGACUUUUGUUUCAAAACACCCAAUUCUACUUAUAUUUUGUCUAAUAGAAAAAGUCAGUUUUGGGUGUUUUAGUCCAGAAUUUAAUAAAGUUACUGUUUUAUUAUAUUUGCCAUGAAAUCUUUCCAUUUCUUUGCAUUUGGAUUGUAUCAGUGUUGGUUGAAGACUGCUGAUAUGAUUGAGCACACUUCUUUUUUCCCUGUUGACUGAGACAAAACUCUAUCCUCACAAACUUAAUGAGUAGAUGUUUUUUUUUGUUGGUGACCCUUUGCAGAUGUCUUCGUGAGUCUAACAUGCUUCUGAUUGUAUUACUAAAUGUAAGAACUAAUAUGUAAGAGCUUAUUAUAUUUACGUGGUGUACUAAAUUGUUCCACAGACUGAAGUUCCAUCAAUAAAAGAGAUGAACACCCA